GCGGCAGUCCCGCGCGGGCUCGCCCCUCGGGUCGCGAGAGGCGUUGGGAUCGCGGGCGCCGCUUGAGCUAGCGGCUGCUAGGAGGCAGUGUCCGCACGCCUACAGGGGGCGGCGGCCGGGCCCUGCGCCUCAGGCCUGAGAACUGGGAGGAAGCUGGAGAAAAGAUGCCCUCUGAAUCUUUGUGUUUGGCUGCCCAGGCUCGCCUUGACUCCGAAUGGUUGAAAACAGAUAUACAGAUGGAGUCUUGCUCUGUUGCCCAGGCUGGAGUGCAGUGGUGCCAUCUUGGCUUACUGCAAGCUCUGCCUCCCGGGUUCAUGCCAUUGUCCUGCCUCAGCCUCCUGAGUAGCUGGAACUAUAGACUUCCACCAUCAUACCUGGUGAAUUUUUGUAUUUUUAGUAGAGACGGGGUUUUACCGUGUUAGCCAAGAUGGUCUCCAUCUUCUGACCUCGUGAUCCACCCGCCUCGGCCUCUUAGAGUGCUGGGAUUACAGGCAUAAGCCACCACUCCCGGCCGAUAUAUUGCUUUAUGAAAAUUAUACUGGAUCUGUUACAGAUGAUAGUGUCGAACCAAGUGGAACAAAGAAAGAAGAUCUGGAUGACAGAGAGAAAAAAGAUGAAACUCCUGCACCUGUAUAUGGGGCCAAGUCAAUUCUGGAGAGCUGGGUAUGGAGUAAGCAACCAGGGAUGUUCACGGAACGCCAGGCACCAAAGGGCCAGAAGUGUCCCCCUACAGGACCAGCACUUGGCCCUGGCCAUCCUGCUGGAGCUGGCUGUGCAGAGAGGCACGCUGAGCCAAAUGUUGUCUGCCAUCCUGUUGUUGCUUCAGCUGUGGGACAGUGGGGCACAGGAGACUGACAAUGAGCGUUCUGCCUAAGGCACCAGCGCCUCGCUUUUGCCCUUGCUGCAAAGGUUCCAGGGCAUCAUUUGCAGUAAGGAUACGCCCCACUCCGAGGACGACAUGCACGUGAGUGUCAUGAUGGAACUUUGUGUUUAGGUGGCACUCGAGUCUAGUUAUUUUUACGCAAGACCAGCGUGCUUGUGCAUGGCAGUGUUUUUCUCUGGUGUGUGUGUGUUUGGUGGUAACAGCAGCAAGUCAGAUGAGACAGGUGUGGGAGGCCACUUGUUUGUGGAGAAGACUCAGAUCAGUGCGCCUCGACUUCCUUGUCAGCACAGAACCAAGCUUGAAACAUGCACUUUUAAAUCAAUACCAGAAAAGAACAACGAAAAUAGUGGCUUGCUUUGUUGGCCCUUCCUUUGUACUGGGCUCUGUGCAGGGCAUGUCACCUGAGCUGUCACUGUGUUUAGUACCAGCCCCCCUCUUAAUAGGUGUGGACGUCUUCCUGAACAGCCUGAAGCAGACGGUGGUGACCCUGGCAAGCAGCACAGACGUGCUGAGCACCGUGCAGUCGGCCUCCCAGGCCAUGCUGCAGAGCGGCUGGUCCAUGCUGUUGCCCACCGCCGAGAAGCAGGCCCGGGCACUCUCUGCUCUCCUGCCCUGCGGAGUUUCAGGCAAUGAAGUGAACAUAAGUCGAGGUUGUCGAUUUGUGAUUGAUCUUCUGGUGGGCAGCUUGAUGGCUGCUGGAGGGUUGGAGUCAGCCUUACACGCAGCCAUUACUGCAGAGAUCCAGGAUAUUGAAGCCAAAAAAGAAGCACAGAAGGAAAAAGAAAUUGAUGAACAGGAAGCGAAUGCCUCAACAUUUCAUAGAAGGAGGACUCCAUUGGAUAAAGACCUUAUUAAUACGGGGAUCUGUGAGUCUUCUGGCAAACAGUGUUUGCCUCUGGUUCAGCUCAUACAACAGCUUCUUAGGUAAAUCAUAUUAGCUGUAUUGUAUUGUGUUUUAUUUAUUUACUUUUUUUUUGUUUUUUUGAGACAGAGUUUCACUCUUGUUGCCCAGGCCGGAGUGCAGUGGAGCAAUCUUGACUCACCACAACCUCCGCCUCCCUGGUUCAAGUAAUUCUCCUGCCUCAGCCUCUCGAGCAGCUGGGAUUACAGGCAUGCGCCACCACGCCCCACUAAUUUUGUAGUUCUAGCAGAGAUGGGGUUUCUUCGUGUUGGUCAGGCUGGUCUUGAACUCCCGACCUCAGGUGAUUCACCCACCUUGGCCUCCCAAAAUGUUGGGAUUACAGGCAUUAGCCACCACGCCUGGCCUAUUUAUUUACUUACUAAUGUUUUUUUUUUUUGAGACGGAGUCUCGCUCUAUUGUCCAGGCUGGAGUGCAGUGUCACGAUCUUGGCUCACUGCAACCUCUGCCUCCUGGCUUCAAGCUAUUUUCCUGCCUCAGCCUCCUGAGUAGCUGGGACUACAGGCGUCUGCAACCACACCUGACUGAUUUUUGUAUUUUUAGUAGAGAUGGGGUUUUACCAUAUUGGUCAGACUGGUCUCAAACUCCUGACCUCAGGUGAUCCACCUGCCUUGGCCUCUCAAAAUGUUGGGGUUACAGGCGUUAGCCACUGUGCCUGGCCUGUAUUGAAUUUUAAUAGGUGAUUAUUGGUUUUCAUAUUAAGAUAGUGAAAUCCAGCGCAAGGAUCUCAAAAAUUUGUUUGGUGAUUGAAGGAAUAUUCUGAAAAUUACCUAGUAUAGAUGUUAGGAUAAAGAGCAGACCCUUUUCAAUAUAGGUGAGAGGAGAAGUUGGAGAGCAUGAUGAUGUUCAAAAGUUUUUCACAGAAGAGAAAUUGGGUGUGCAGUAAACCUGUAAAAAGAUUAUUGCUAAUAAGCAGGUGGAUGUAAAUGAAAAUCAUCAUGGAAGGUUAUUUUUAAAACUGGUUGUAUCAUUGCCUCACUUUAUAUAUUACAGAGUUAUACAUACUACUUUGUAAGAUAACUUUUCUUUUCAAAACUAAAGUCAGUGUGAAAGAAUGGUGAGCAUUGUUUUGGAAGGCCCGACUAGGAGAAGGUGGGAAGAAGUGAGACUCAGCCUGUGAACAGAGGCUAACUUUGGCAGAAGCCAAAACGGUCAGACAGUGUUGUCUAAAAAUGAUCAUUCAAGAAGAGCGAAAAAACAAAGUGAUUUGUGAAAGAGAUUUAUUAGAAAAUGAAACACAUUUAUACCUCUGUUUAAUAAAAAUCUGCUUUUUGUCAAA